AUGGAAAAGUUAGCAGAGGGGGCGCACAACAAAGUCUUCCAUUGCAAGCUUGACAAUGGUCUCGAGGUGAUCGCACGCAUUCCGACGGUCGUCGCUGGGCCCGGUCGUCUCGUCACCGCGAGCGAGGUUGCUACCAUCGAUUUUGUUCGCUCCCAGCUUGGAAUACCUGUCCCUCGUGUCCUCGCAUGGUGUGCAGACGCGUCGACCACACCGGUCCAGGCAGAGUACAUUGUGAUGGAAAAGGCGGAUGGAAUCGAACUCGGCAAGGUUUGGGACAACAUGUCCUCGAGCACGAAGGACGCUGUCGUCAGAGAAUGGGUAGACAUCGAGGCACGUAUGCUGACUCCCAUCUCAGGGGGUUAUGGUAGCGUCUUCUACCGCGGUGACAUCGAUCAGACGCUCUCCCGGAAUAUACUUGUGGACGGCACUGAGCGAGAUCGCUUUGUGAUAGGACCUAGCGUCUCUAUGUCAUUCUGGGAGGAAGAGAGGCGGGACAUGAAUCUUGAUCGCGGACCCUGGGGAGAUGCGCUAUCAAGUCUGAAGGCCGAAUCCCUUCGCGAGCGUGCUUGGAUCGAAAAAUAUGCGAUUCCCAAUCCAAACCCGGGCCCUUUCGAGCCACCUGUGAACGUCCAGCACCCGCCGUCACACCUCUCCCUACUCUCUCGGUAUGAAUCCAUACUUCCCUACCUCCAUCCUCCCACCCGUGACAUGUCGCGUGCAACUCUGUGGCACACCGAUGUACAUUUUGCCAACAUAUUCAUCUCACCGGAGGACCUGGCCAACGGAAAGGUCACGAUCACAGCUGUCAUAGAUUGGCAGCAUACCUCCUUGCGGCCUCUCUACCUACAGGCUCGCACCCCUCGCUUCAUUCGUUACUACACCCCUCUGGACGCGUCCGACCUUGAUAGCGAGCUGGCGAAUCGUCAUGAACUGUACGCGGCGACCUGCGCCUCACGAAGUCCAGACUAUCACCGUGCGCUCUCUUUCGACACAAGGGACCUCAUCAUACCACCGGUCCAAUUUGCCGGUCGCAUUUGGUCCGGGGGAUUUGUGCCUCUGCGCGAGUCCCUUACCGCACAUCCUCGGACGCUUGCCACUCAGCAGCGUCUGCAGCAUGUGUUUCCCUUUCGGUCGCCGAAAACUCGAUUGGACACUUCAGACCGACGUGCCCCACAUCAGGAAAACCGAAUUUAUUGCUUAGCGUUAGAGCGGGCUACUUAG